AUGUUUAUUAAAAACGACCACGUUGGUGACAGAACACGUCUUGAAGAUUGGAGAAUCAAAGGUUACGAUCCUCUUACGCCUCCUGAUUUGUUGCAACACGAAUACCCAAUCUCCCCAAAGGGUCAAGAAAUCAUUGUCAAUGCUAGGGAGGCAGUGUGUAAUAUCCUAAACGGGAAGGAUGACCGUAUGGUGAUUGUUAUUGGUCCUUGUUCGAUCCAUGACCCAAAGGCCGCUUAUGAGUACUCUGAGAAAUUGGCUGUUAUUGCCGAAAAAUUAUCGAAGGAUCUUUUGAUCAUCAUGAGAGCAUACUUGGAAAAACCAAGAACAACUGUUGGCUGGAAAGGGUUGAUCAAUGACCCAGACAUGGACAAUACUUUCAAAAUUAACAAGGGUUUGAGGAUAUCAAGAGAAAUGUUCACCAAUCUGGUAGAAAGGUUGCCAAUUGCUGGUGAAAUGCUGGACACCAUAUCUCCUCAAUUCUUGAGUGAUUGUUUCUCAUUGGGUGCCAUUGGUGCAAGGACCACAGAGUCGCAGCUACACAGAGAACUAGCCUCUGGUCUUUCUUUCCCAAUUGGAUUCAAGAACGGUACGGACGGUGGUCUUCAAGUCGCGAUUGACGCCAUGAGAGCUGCUGCCCACGAACAUUACUUCCUGUCUGUCACGAAACCAGGUAUUACCGCCAUUGUUGGUACAGAGGGUAACAAAGACACUUUUGUCAUUUUGAGAGGUGGUAAGAACGGUACCAACUUCGACGCCGAGAGCGUUAAGGCCACAAAGGACCACAUGAAGAAGGUUGGUUUGCUUGAUGAAGAAGAGACAACCAGAAGAAUUAUGAUUGACUGUUCUCACGGUAACAGUAAUAAAGACUACAGAAACCAGCCAAAGGUUGCCAAAGUGAUCCACGAGCAACUCAGCGCUGGUGAAAACUCUCUGUGCGGUGUCAUGAUCGAAUCUAACCUGGCUGAAGGUAGACAAGAUAUCCCAGCUACAGGUGGUCGUGAUGGUCUCAAGUACGGCUGUUCUGUAACCGACGCCUGUAUCGGCUGGCAAUCGACCGAACAGGUUUUGGAAUUGUUGGCCGAAGGUGUCAGAAACAGAAGAGCUGCACUAAAAAAAUAA